AUGGGCUGCCAGAAGGCCUCGACUUGGACGCUCGUCCUGCCGCUCCUGUGCGCCCUGACGCACGGCCAGGUGUUCAACCUGACGCUCUCCGUCAAAGAGGGUCUGCCCGCAAAGACCAUAGUCGGAGACCUGGGAGCGGGUUUAAGCAGGCCGAGCACUGGAUUUUUCAUCUCGGAGAGCAGAGACUCGUAUGUGUUCAGGGAUCUGGAAAUAGACGCAGACACGGGCAUCAUCUCCACGGCCGUGAUCCUGGACCGAGAGACCAGAGAUAAGUACGAGUUUGUGGCAGCAACUCUCACGGGAGAGAUGAUAAAAGUGAAAAUUGAGGUGAAAGACGUGAACGACCACUCACCUGUGUUUUCUCUGGAGGAGGUUGAGCUGAGAAUAUCAGAGUUAAGCCCACCAGGGAGCCGGUUUCAGCUUGAAGGUGCCAAAGACCAGGACGAGGGGGAGUUUGGUACCCAGGGCUACAGGAUCAUAGAAAAUGAGAUGGGCGAAUUGUUCAAAAUGGAGUAUCGCAGCGGACCCGAGAACCAUCUCAGCCUGGAUCUCAUUCUCAGCCGCAGACUAGACAGAGAAACACAGGACUUCUAUUCCAUGACGAUUGAGGCCUUCGAUGGUGGCGUCCCAGCCAGGACAGGGACGCUUCAAGUUAAUGUUCACGUCCUGGAUGAGAACGACAACCCUCCUGUCUUCAACCAGACUGAGUAUCACGCCACAGUGCGUGAGGACGCUUCCCUCCUGUCUGUCGUGUGCCAGGUGCACGCCACUGACCUCGACCUGGGCGACAAUGGCAGAAUCACCUACGAGAUCAACAGGAGGCAGAGCGACCCAAAUGAGUUUUUCUCCAUCAACGAGACCACUGGGACGGUUUACCUCAACGGGCGUCUUGAUUACGAAACUCAAGCCUUUCACGAGUUGAUCAUCAGCGCGAGAGACAACGGGGUCCAGCCUGAGUACAGCAGCACUUUUGUGGGUAUCAGGGUCCUCAACAUCAACGAUAACAGUCCAGCUAUCAGUGUGCUGUUCCUCAGUGAGACAGGAGCUGCUGUGGUGUCAGAAGCUGCUGCCGUCGGGGACUACGUCGCCCGGAUCUCAGUGUCAGACCCCGACCUUGAGGACCAGAGGAUAGCUGUAACCCUUGAGGGCGGCGGCGGAAAGUUCGCCUUGAAGCAGACCGAUGACUUCCUGUAUGCUUUGUGUGUGAACUCUGAACUCGACCGAGAGGACGUGGAUCUGUAUGAGCUGAAGGUGCAGGCGUCGGAUUCUGGGAGCCCUCCUCUGGUCAGUGAGUUCCUCAUCCUCCUGAAGGUGUCUGACACAAACGACUGCCACCCUGUGUUCGAGAAGGAGGUCUACGUCACGAGCAUCGCGGAGGACGCUCCUCAGGGGAGCUUCCUCGUUCAGAUUCGGGCCCGAGAUGCGGAUGAAGGCGUCAACUCAGACGUCAGGUACUCGAUCCUGAGGUCCAGCCAGGGCGCCAUGUUCAGUAUCGACGCCGAGUCCGGCCUGGUCACCACCGCCGCAGCUCUGGACAGAGAGACCCAGAUGGAGCUGUGGUUCCUGGUGGCGGCGACAGACGGAGGGGAGCCGUCGUUGACUUCCACGGCUACGGUCACGGUGAUGGUGGAAGACGUGAACGACAACGAGCCGGUGUUCCAGCAGCAGCUGUACAACGUGUCCAUCCCAGAGCACAGCGAUGCUGGAAGCUGCUUCCUUCAAGUUGUGGCCACAGACGCAGACAGUGCCGAGUUCGGCUCUGUGCUCUACUCUCUGUCCGACGGCUUCGACGAUCAGGACAGACAUCCUCUCUUCCAGAUCCACCCUCACACAGGAGAGCUGUGUGUCCUGCAGGAUAUUGACCGGGAUGCGGGACAGACGCACCACGAUAUUCUGAUCAAAGCUGAAGAUCCGGGAGGACUCAGUGCUCAAACCUACGUGCACAUCGAGAUAGACGACCUGAAUGACAACGCUCCGGUGUUCAACCCAGAGGAGUACGCCGUCAGCAUCAGCAGCCACGCUCAGCCCGGCACAGAAAUCGUCAACGUGAUCGCGACUGACCGAGACUCCGGCCGGUUUGGAGAGGUCACCUAUGGCCUUGUUCCUGGGGACACUUCUAGUCUGUUCACGCUGGAUAAACACACAGGGACCCUCUUCCUGACUUCCGCUCUGACCCACCUGGGAGCAGCCAACAUGAAGAUCUUCAUAACGGCGCAGGACGGAGGCGGCGUGAGCUCAGUGAGGCCGGCAGCGGUCACCAUCAACGUGUUACAGAGCGCUCAGGCUCCAGCUGUUUUCCAGAGGUCACGCUACACCUUCACAGUGCCCGAAGACGCACCGCUGGGCACAUCUGUGGGGACGGUGAAAGCCAUCAACCCAACCAACACUGUGGAAUCCGUAUCGUAUCGCAUCUCUUCUGGAGACCCCCAGAGUUUGUUCACCGUUCACCCGAAGUACGGCCUGAUCACCAACGUCAAACCUCUGGAUCACGAGUCCCAGCCGUACGCUCUGCUGGUCCUUCAGUCCUACACGGACGCCUCUCCCGUUUACAGCACCACCCAGGUCAACAUCACCAUCGCCGAUAUCAACGACAACGUUCCAGUUUUCCCCAAACGCAGCGACGCCGUCACCGUGUCCCAGAACACCCUGCCAGGGACGGUGCUCUUCAUCGCUCACGCGCACGACUACGACAGCGGCGCCAACGGGAGGGUGCAGUACCACCUGAAAGACGGCAGAAACGGCGUCUUCCUGGUUGACAGCACCCUUGGAACAGUUACGCUAAAUCAGAGUUUGCAGGCCGACCAUCAGCAGAGGUACAGCCUGGAAAUUGUGGCGAAAGAUGACGGCGAGCCCUCUCUUAGCUCCACGCUGACCCUCUCCGUUAACGUAGACCGGACGGCGGCGGAGGACAGCCUGGCGUUUGAGACUUUAGUGUACCAGGUGGAGAUCGGUGAGGGCUACCGAAAAGACUCUCGGGUCAUCCAGGUGAGGGCGCACCGAACACGCGGUCCUCACGUGUCGAACUCGGGCCUAACGUACUCUUUAGAGGCGGAGCCCGGUUUCUCUCCCGCUCCCUUUCGGAUUCACCCGAAAACCGGAUGGUUGUAUCUCUCGAACAACCUGGACUACGAGGCAGAAUCCAGGUACCGCUUUCGAGUGGUGGCCGCGGCCGGCGAGGCGAAUACCACGGCCACCGCCACCGUCAUCGUGCUGGUGCUGGACAUCAAUGACAACCCGCCGGUGUUCGGCAGCGAGGUUUACUACUUCACCGUGUCGGAGGGGUCGUCGCCGCAAGGCCUGGUGGGAACAGUGAAGGCCGUCGAUAAGGAUUCUGGGAAAAACAGUCAGCUGUCCUACAUCCUGCUCUCUGAUGGGAAAUUCUUCCGAAUUAAUGCCAAAACAGGGGAAAUCAUUAACUGGGUGGCGCUGGAUCGCGAGCAGCACAGCCAGCACAGUCUGAAAGUGAUGGUGACGGACCAGGGGCACCCCCGACUCAACGCCACCGCCACCGUUCACAUCCUGAUCACGGACGUCAACGACAACGCUCCUCAGUUCAAACACCUGCCUGCCAACAAAGAGCUCAGUGUGCAGGUGUGGGCCGGGGCACCAGCAGGAUCACUGGUGACAAACAUGUUUGCCAAAGACUCGGAUGCAGGAGAGAAUGGAACAGUUUUCCAUUCACUGGUCACACUUGGUUUAGAAGACGAUGAUCUGCCGCACUUUGAGAUUGAUAGUAAAAGCGGAGACAUCACAACCACAGAAUCUUUCUCCCAAGACGCCAAACCUUUCUACACACUGAGAAUCACUGCCAGGGACAGUGGAGCUGCUCCUCAAGAGGACACUGCAGUCGUUCACCUGCAGAUUCUUGGAUUAGACGAUCUGUACGGCCGCUCCGACCACCAGACGGUGAGACGUUUCUCGGUGAGGGAGGACGCCGAGCUGGCGACCGUCAUCGGCUCGGCCAGAGUGUCCGAUCAGGGCAGAUUUCUCUACUCCAUCGCCGAAGGUGACGGCAGCGUCCACUUUGGCAUCGACGCCUCCUCCGGGGACAUCUACAUCAACCAGCCGCUGGACUACGAGGCCGCCGCGCGGUACUCCCUCAUGGUCCGCGCCGAGGACAUCGGGCGCUCCCCCGGCGCCAACGUGACCGUGCUGGUGAGCGUGGCGGUGGAGGACGUGAACGACCACACGCCCUGGUUCCCCGACAAGCUGGCGGUGUUCGGUCUGAAGGAGGACGCCGCCGUGGGAUCCCUGGCGUUCGCUUUCCACGCCAGGGACGCAGACGGGACCUUUCCGAACAGCGCCCUCCGCUACGCCCUGGUGUUCGACGGGGGAAGGCCGUCGGCGCGCUUCCCCUUUCAGAUCAACCCGUUCACCGGAAGCCUGACCGUAACGGCGCCUCUGGAUCGGGAGAGCACCCCCAGCUUCGCCUUCACAGUGACCGCCACGGACCAGGCCAAGAGGAAGAGCGAGCGCAGGCAGGCGUCGGUGACGGCGCAGCUCUUCCUGCUGGAUGUGAACGACAACCGACCCGUGUUCGUGUCGGCGGACGCGGUUCAGGUGAUGGAGGACGCAGAGGUGGGGAGCCUGCUGCAUCACUUCGUGACCAUAGACAGAGAUCAUGGCGACAGUGGGAUCGUCUCCUACUCCGUGGUGGAUGGAAACAAGAAAGGAUUCUUCACUCUGGAGGAGAAAACAGGCCUCUUGUUCCUCUCUGCUCCUCUGGACUACGAGACGCAGCGUUUCCACCGCCUGACUGUCAGAGCAACAGAUCACGGCCUGCCGAGGCUCUCCUCCACCCAGACUCUGACGGUGGAGGUCGGGGACGUGAACGACCGGGCUCCUGCCUUCACUCAGGACCAAUACAACGCCAGCGUGGCAGAGAAUCGGGACCCCGGAGAGCCUGUGAUCAGGGUCUCUGCCACGGAUGAGGAUUCAGAGGAGAACGCUGUGGUGUGGUACAGUCUGCUGCCGGGUCCCGGGUACGAGCUCUUCAGCAUCAACUCCUACACCGGUUUGAUCACCACCACCUCCUACCUGGACCGAGAGGAGCAGCAGCAUUUCACUCUCAGAGUUCAAGCUCGUGACAGCGGCUCGCGGCCUCUGACGGGCACGGCCACGGUGCUCUGCACUGUGCUGGACGACAACGACAAUCCUCCAGAGUUCAUGCAGUCGUCCUUUCAGAUCAGCAUGCCGGAGAACCUUCCUCCCGGGAUCGUCCAUACCGUGCAGGCCUCCGACCCAGACCACGGAGAAAACGGCACAAUACACUACUCCAUCGUCGGUGAGGACUACAGAGGCCGCUUCACCAUCAACAGCCAUACCGGUGCUGUCAGCACCACCCAAAUCCUCGACCGGGAGGAAACGCAGAACUACUCGCUCACCAUACAGGCCCGUGACUACGGUCCCACCCCGCUCAGCUCCUCCACCCAGCUCCAGCUGCUGCUCCUGGACCAGAACGAUAACGUGCCGUCCUUCAGCCGCAGCAGCUACCAUGCGUCCGUCAGCGAGGGUCUGCCUCCGGGAGCGGAGGUGCUGCACGUCAGCGCCUUCGAUCCCGACGAGGGGUCCAACGGAGACGUGAUGUACUCCCUGACCGAGGACAGCAGCCAGGGGGCCUUUUCAAUAGACGCCUUCACGGGGGUGAUCCGCACCACCAGGUCUCUGGACAGGGAGAACAGGGCGCAGUACACCCUCAGAGCCGUGGCCACCGACGGCUCCUCCCAGGGGCCGCUGAGCUCCGUGGCGUCCGUCACCAUACAGGUGGAGGACGUGAACGACAACAUACCGGUGUGCGAGCAGAACCCCUUCAAUGCCUGGGUUUCCAUGAGGACUUUACCCAACCAGAUCCUCACCACCGUGUCGGCGAUCGAUGGGGAUCAAGGCGAAAACGGGACGAUUCGGUUCUCGCUGUCUGACGAGGAAAACCUGUUCGACAUCAACACCGAGUCCGGAGACAUUUCCCUGAGGAGACGAGUGAGAGCGGGUUUCUCCGGGAGGAAGCUGCAGGUCGAGGUUUCGGAUCGAGGGCGACCCGCUCUGACCUCCACCUGCCUGGUUUUCAUCCACCUGAAGGGAGAACACGAGGGACUGCAGUUCUCAAACAAAGUCUACAACGCCACUGUCAAGGAGAACAGCAGAGCGGGCACUUGGAUCGCAAAAGUGGAGGCCAGUGACCCAACCAACAGCAGACUGAGAACCACAUACGCCAUAUUCAGUGGGAACGAGAAUCACAUUUUCUCCAUCAACCGUCACACAGGAGAGAUCCGAGUGCAGAAAGACAAUUCUCUGGACUACGAGGCGAGCCCUCAGGUUCAGCUGGUGGUUCUGGCUGACAACGGGCUGCAGACUGCCCACUGCAGGGUUUCCAUCUCCCUGCUGGAUGUUAAUGACAAUGCACCACUGUUUGAACACAGCAGCUACAGAACAGCAGUCUGGGAGGGACAAGUGCACAACACCUACAUUAUGCAGGUGUCUGCAUCUGAUGCGGACAGCGGUCUGAACGGGCAGAUUGAAUACUCCAUUGUGUCUGGGAACAAUAACGGCGCGUUCAUCCUGGACUCGCUGCGUGGCAUCCUGGCUACCAACGUUCUGCUGGACCGGGAGAUCACACCUUCAUACAAACUGGUACUGCAAGCAACAGACAAGGGGAAACCUCCGCUCAGCAGCACCGCCAUCAUCAGAGUCCAAGUGGUGGACGUCAAUGACAACAGUCCCGCCAUCCCACCUAUGGAGCCGGUCUUCAUAGCAGAGAAUCUGCCUGCAGGCUACAUGGUGACGCAGGUGACGGCGAACGACGUUGACCUGAGCUCGACCAUCACCUACAGCUUCUCAGACAACAGCAGCACCAACGCUCCCUUUGCUAUUGACCGGUACACCGGCGUCGUCACCCUGACCCGAGCCCUGGACUACGAGGAGCAGACAGAAUACACUCUGACGGUCUGGGCGUCUGAUUCCCUGCACCAGACCACCGGAGAGGUCAAAGUUCAUGUGGUGGAUGUCAAUGACAACGCGCCCAUCUUCACCCAGGUCUCCUACCAGGUGGAGCUGUCCGAACAGGUAUCAGCAGACACGCUGGUUCUGUCGGUUUUGGCCACAGACAGAGAUUCUGGACAAAACGGCAAGAUCAGCUACAGACUGCUUUCAUCUCCUCUACAAGGCUUUUAUAUCCAGCCAGACAACGGGUCUGUUUUCACUAACAAGCCCUUGAAGGCCAUCACAAACGGCAACCUGAUCCAUCUUCUGGUCGAAGCAAGCGAUGGAGGCGAUCCUGUCCACUCUACUGUCAGCUCCAUCGACGUGCUGGUGCUGGACACCAAUGACCACGAGCCCGUGUUUCAUCAGGACAUUUACACGCUGACCGUCCCGGAGGAUACAGCCACAGACACCACCCUGCUGACUCUUUCUGCGGAUGACAAAGACUGGAGUCCUGAAAACACACAUCUGGACUACAGUAUUACCGGGGGAAACGACGAGAAGAGAUUUUGUCUGGAAGUGAAAAUGAUUCAAGUGGAGAAUCAGAUACAAAAUGUUGGAAAGCUUGUUCUGUGUAACUCUUUGGACCGUGAGACGACUGAGAGCUACGCGCUCACAGUGAGUGUGUCUGAUCGAGGAACGCCUCCACUAAAUAGCUCCGCUGUCGUCAUGGUGACCGUCACGGACUGCAAUGACAACGCCCCGGUUUUCUCCAGUAGUGAGUACCACGCACAGGUGAGUGAAAACAGCCAGGUAGGCACCAGGCUGCUUCAGGUCAGCGCUCAGGAUCCUGACUUGGGAACCAAUGGCUUAUUGCGGUAUGACAUUGUUUCUGGGAACAGUAAAGGUCACCUCAAGCUCGGCCCUCACUCUGGCAUUUUGGUUGUCAACAACUCGCUUGACUAUGAGGAGGACGUGAAAUACGUCCUCACGAUCCGAGCGACCGAUGGCGGUGAAUCGGCCGAGCAGCGUAACGUGGCGUUUGCUGUGGUUUUCAUCACAGUGCUGGAUGAGAAUGACAACAGUCCAUACUUCAUGUUCCCAACAGUUAAUUGCUCAGUGCCAGAGAAUCUCCCAGCAUAUACUCACACCUGCUCUGUCCAUGCCAUUGACAAUGACUUAGGCACCUACGGACAGCUCACCUACUCUAUUUUGUCCUCCUGCUUCAUGGACUACGGCAGCGGGAGCCCAGACCGGAAGGAGGCUUUUGCCAUAGACCCUCAUACAGGGGACAUUCACACCAGGCAAACCUUUGAUUACGAAAGAGAGAGCGAGUACUGCUUUGUAGUCGAGGCCAAGGACAAAGGCGACAAAGCAGCAACAGUGAGAGUGCAGGUUACCAUCAAGGGAGUGGAUGAGUUCAGUCCUGUCUUCACCCAGAAGCAAUACAACUUCCUCCUGCCAGAAAAUGUCAAGCUGGGAGAGACAGUCGGCUAUGUGAUGGCGAUGGACCAUGACGGCGGCUUGGACGGGCUGGUGGAGUACUCUCUUGUGAAUUCGUCACCAUUUUUCUCCAUCAACAGAACAAUUGGUGCGAUUUUUGUGUCAGGUCCUGUGUAUCGCAGACGAGGAAGCCAUGAAAAUGAGGACAUGGUGAAGCUCGUUGUGUCUGCAGGUAGUCCCAAAUUGGGUUCCAAAACUACAAAUUGCCUUGUUCUUGUCAAUAUCUCCAGUUCAGCAGAAGCACUUACCGGGGUGCCCCUCGAUGCACACAUGCUUAGUCUAAGUGUCUCACUCUUCAUGUUCCUUUUCGUCCUCUCAAUUUUUGUGGGCUUGGUUCUCAGAUUCAAGAUGAAGGAGGCCGCCAUCAGAAAGGCCACGACCAUCGCUGCACACUUUCACAGUGGCUCUGGCCCACUCGGUCAGUGCAGUAGCCAAGCAUCAAGUGUCAUGUCCCUGCCGGAGAUUGCCCGACCCACCAUCUUGGUGACCAAACGGGACAUCUCAAAACCAUACACUCAGUCAGACUCAAGCGGUCGCGGAUCAGCGGAAGGUGAGACAGCUGAGGACCAAGAAAUCAAGUGGAUCAAUGAGUACCCUUGCCGUAAAACAGAAGAAUCUGAUAAGAAGACCAUUGAGAUCACGGAGUCUGCCGUACCUGGAGAUAAUAUUUCCUGCCAGUCUAUCGAUGUAGGGCCAGAGCAUGUUUUAUCCGUCACUAAACAUUUGGUCUCGGGAAUGGCCAGCACAGAGAGCCUCCACCACUUCAAGGAGGAGGGAGGAGGUGAGGGAUUACUUCCUGCAAUACUUAGGGUGAGGGAUUUAGAGGAAAACAUGGGGACAAAGGGAUUUGCACCCCUUUCUGAAGCUCAAACCUGUGCAGACUCUCUCUCCUCCCUGGUGUGUCUCGAUGAGCAGUUACAAGGCAGCUACGCCUGGGAUUACUUUUUGGACUGGGAGCCGCGCUACCAGACUCUGGCUUCUGUGUUCACGGACAUCGGGAUGCUUCCUGACGAGGAGCUUCAAGGAGGUCAUGAGGACUUGGCGGCAGAGUCCAGCUGCCUCAUGUACCCUCCGCCUCUUAUAACAGGAGUAGCUCAGCGGGGCAUUAGGACUGUUCCUCCACGUAAGCCGGGACGUAUGCCAAGCCUGACCAGGAAUCCCUCUUACCGUAAAUACGCUUAUUCCCCAUUAGCCAGGAACACAGGACUCACCCCUUCAGCUAUGACACCUUCUUUCUCCCCAUCACUGUCGUCUCUCACCAUGAGGACUCCCAGUGCUUCACCCGUUGUCUCAGACACCGGGGUGGGCGGCAUCAGACUCGACUCAGGGCCUCUCACUGCAAGUCUUUUAGAGGCAGAAAUACAAGUUUAGACUU